AUGAACGCUGAUGAGAGCAAAGUGCCUGAUGCGCAUUUCUCAGUAGUGAAGCAGCUUGUCGCCCUCUGGCCUCGAGAGCCUCCUCCCAAGGUGGGUCCAUUUCUGGCUCCAAGGGGGUGCCCCACGCUCCGUGCGGCACUGAUCUGCCUGGCACUGGUCCUGGUUGCCUCCAUGGUACUGCAGACCCUUCUCUUUAAGUAUUCCUGGCAUCAGGGGAAAAUAUCAGAUGUUAAAACCAAUGCCCAGUAACUGAACAGUCUGAUGGGCAAUAUCAGCACCUUACAUUCUGAAAUUAAGAGAAACAGAGAUGGUGUGGAGGCAACUGCGGUUUGGACUGUGAAUGCCGGCUUAAAUCAAGUGCUUUCCAAGAUCCUGAAGGUGGAGAUCAGUGUGAGUCAAACCAAUGCCCAGAUCCAGCUGUUAACAGCCAGUUGGGAGGAAAUCAAUUUAAAGUCCCAAAUUCCAGAGUUAAGAAGAAAUCUAGAGGAUGCCAGUGCUUUGAAUGCAAAGAUUCAUGAACUCCAGAGAAAUCUGGAGAAUAUCAGCAAGCUGUUCAAACAGCAGGUGGAUAUUCUACAGAUGGUUUCUCAAGGCUGGAAAUACCUCCAGGGGAACUUCUAUUAUUUUUCAAAAAUCUCCAAGACCUGACACAGUUCUCAGCAGUUCUGUCUGUCUAGGGAUUCACAACUAACUUCCGUGACCUCAGACAGUGAACAGGAGUUUCUGUACAAGACUGCAGAAGAGAAUUCCUACUGGAUCAGCCUGAGCAAAGUGUGUGUGUGGGGGGGUGGGGGUGGGGGGUAGAGUCAGGGGCCAUGGAUCUGGGUGGAUCACACACCAUUCAACAAGAAACAAAGUUCCAGGUACUGGAAACCCAGGGAACCCAACAAUAUGGGGCACGAUGAACUCUGUGUCUAUUUGAGGCUGUUUGCAUUCCAGUCAUGAAAUGAUGUCUCCUGUGACCUCACAUAUCAAUUUAUCUGCAAAUGGCCCUACACCCUGUCAGCUGCAUAG